AUGAUUUUUGUUAUGGUCAUUUCACAUAAAUGUAAAAUCAAUCCUGAUAAUAUUGCUACAUCAAUAGCUGCUUCACUCGAUGAUUUAACAACACUUGAUGCUUUAGCUGAUAUCGGUGGGUUUUUAUUUAGAAUUAUUGGUGUAGGUGGUAAUUUAGUAGCUAUUCAAGCAAGUCGAUUAUCUACUACACUUCAUCAACAAGGCAAACCAGGAGAAUGUCAAGAUAUUACACAAUAUCAUGCCUCAAAAAAAUUUUCCUGA